AUGUGGCCGUUCCUCAGCCACACUCUCUUCCCACCCCCUACCAAGGCCUGGCUGCAAAGCGUUUCCACAGACUCUGAGGCCCAGGGCUGGGGGGCCUGGAGCAGGGCCCAGAAGCCCCCUCUGGGGCCAGGGGAUGGGGACAGGAAGGAGGAGGAGCCGGGGGAAACAGAGGGAGACCAGGAAGAUGGAGAUGCAGGCUUUCUCCUGUCUCUGGUGGCGGGGGAGGACCUGGCUGAGUACCCGGCGCCUGACCAGGAGCUGGAGGCCAUCAAACUGAAGCUACGGGCCAUGGAACAGGCCCAGGGGCUGGAGACGCCCGGGCCGCAGGGCCAGGCAGCGGGGGAGGAGGGCGCAGGGGCCGCACUGGCCAGGCAGCUGCUGAGCCCCGAGACCCCUUAUCCUACCCUCUCUGUGGGUUGUCCCUGCCCCGGGACCCCCAAGAAGAAGGUGGGGUCGGACCACAGAUCCGUCUAUGUGGGCAAUGUGAAUUACAGGGGCACAGCAGAGGACCUGUAAGCCUGCUUCAACCCCUGCGGGGAGGCCCACUGGGGCACCAUCUUGUGUGACAAUUUCUCCGGACACCCCCAAGGCUAUGCCUACAUAGAAUUUGCUACCAAGAGCUUGGCCCAAGCCACAGUGGAGCUGGAUGAGAGCGUCCGAGGCCAAGUCAUCAAGGUGCUGCCCAAAAGGACCAGCUUGCCAGGGAUCAGCUCCACGGACCGCGAGGGAUUGCGAGGACAGCGGGGCGCCGGAGCAGGACCCUUCCCCCGCAGCAGUCUCCCGGGCCGGGCCCGCGGCAGAGCACGCGGGCGGAACCGGUGCAGGCCUGACAGUAAAAGGCGGGUGAUGGGUCCCAGAGCGGGCCCUACCCCACUUCUCAGCCAGUAG